AUGAUGAAUGGUGGGGGGAAAGGGCUGGCAUCCAGGCUUUUUGAUGUGGGCCCUCAGUCUUCCCCCAAUAUUUGUCACCCACAGACCUGGCAUAUCCUCCUGCUCAUAAUGAGAAUAGUUCUGCUCCAAUCAAUCAGGAUGAACCUCAUGGACAUCACCAAGAUUUUCUCCCUCCUGCAGCCCGACAAGGAGGAGGAGGACACCGACAUGGGGGAGAAACAGGCUCUCAAUCAAGCAGUGUAUGACAAUGACUCCUAUACCUUGGACCAGCUUUUGUGCCAGGAGCGUUACAAACGUUUCAUCAACAGUAGAAGUGGUUGGGGUGUUCCUGGGACACCCUUGCGCUUGGCUGCUUCUUAUGGUCACCUCAGGUGUUUGCAGGUCCUCCUGGCACAUGGUGCUGAUGUUGACAGUUUGGAUGUCAAGGCACAGACACCACUUUUCACUGCUGUGAAUCAUGGCCACCUGGACUGUGUACGUGUGCUUUUGGAAGCUGGUGCCUGUCCUGGUGGUAGCAUCUACAACAACUGUUCUCCCGUACUCACAGCUGCCCGUGAUGGUGCUGCUGCCAUCCUUCAGGAACUCCUGGGCCAUGGUGCAGAGGCCAAUGUCAAGGCUAAACUACCAGUCUGGGCAUCAAACAUAGCUUCAUGUUCCGGUCCCCUCUAUUUGGCUGCAGUCUAUGGGCAUCUUGACUGUUUUCGCCUGCUUUUGCUUCAUGGGGGAGACCCCAACUACAACUGUACUGACCAGAGCCUAUUGGCUCGUGUCCCACAGCCCCGCACCCUCCUGGAAAUCUGUCUCCACCAUAACUGUGAACCAGAAUACAUCAAGUUGUUAAUUGAUUUUGGUGCUAAUAUCUACCUUCCAUCUCUCUCGGGGGACCUGAACUUGCAAGAUUACAAAGGCAGUGCAUUGCUGUUACAGGCCCGAGCCACUCCUCGGUCACUACUAUCACAGGCCCGUUUAGUUAUCCGCAGAGCUCUGCUCCAGACCAGCCAACCACAAGCCCUUGACCAGUUGGACAUUCCCCCUGUGUUGAUUAGUUACCUCAAACACCAAGUGUAAUCUUGCAGCCUUACCAUAAACCCACAAUGCCUACAAAAACCACCUGGGGAUCCAGGUAGCUGGAGGACACUACAGCUACACCUAUUCACCUACAGCUGCUCUCCUGUAUUAUCCUCCACAAUAAAAUCCUCAUCAAAAUAAAUCCUGGUGGCUGUU